GUGGAAGGAGCAGCACACAAAGAUGGUCGAUGGCCAAGUAUUUGGGACAUCUUCAGUGAGGGAUCUCCUGAGAGGAUAUCUGAUGGAAGCAAUGGAAGCGUGGCCAUUGAUUUUUAUCAUCGUUAUAAGGAUGACGUAGCUUUGAUGAAGGAAAUAGGAAUGGAUGCUUUUCGGUUCUCCAUCUCUUGGUCUCGAGUACUACCUGGUGGAAGCCUAACAAAUGGGGGAGUAAACCCUCGAGGAAUCAAAUUUUAUAAUGAUCUCAUCAAUGAAGUUAUUCGUCAAGGUAUGACACCCUAUGUCACACUUUUUCACUCGGAUGCUCCUCAAGGUUUAGAAGAUAAAUACAAUGGCUUUUUAAGCCAAAGGAUUGUGAAGGAUUUUAAAGAUUUUGCAGAAGUUUGCUUUGAUAAUUUUGGGGACCGAGUGAAGCAUUGGAUUACCUUGAACGAGCCAUGGACUUUUAGCGUUUAUGGCUAUGACUAUGGUUAUCAUGCACCGGGCCGGUGUUCCACAUGGGUGAAUGAAAACUGCACAGCUGGGAACUCAUCGAAAGAGCCUUACAUCGUAGCGCACAAUCUCCUUCUUUCUCAUGCAACUACUGUCCAACUAUAUAGGAAGAAGUAUCAGGCAAUUCAAAAGGGUCAGAUUGGAUUGGCCCUAAACCUUUUUUGGAUGGUAAACUAUACUGAUAGUCAAUGUGACAUAGAAGCAGCUGAAAGAGCCGCAGAUUUCAUGUAUGGAUGGUUUCUCCAUCCAACAACGUAUGGAGAUUAUCCAUGUUGUAUGAAAGAUAUUGUCCAACAUCGGCUACCCAAAUUCACUGCUAGCGAAUCCAAGUUGCUAAAAAAAUCUUAUGAUUUUGUUGGAGUGAAUUACUACACAGCUCGUUAUGCAGCAAAUAAUCCAUACUCUAAUCGAGUUAAUGUUAGCUACAUGAACGAUUUCCUUGUUGACCUUAAGACGGAGAAAGAUGGAGAACCCAUUGGUACACCGACGAACUUAUCCUGGUUCUAUGUCUAUCCAAGUGGAAUUAAGGAUCUUCUAAAGUAUACCAAGGAAAAAUAUGACAAUCCAACAAUUUACAUCACUGAGAAUGGGUUUAGUGAGUUAAAUAAUAAGAGUGAACCACUAAAGGAAUCCCUCAAUGAUAAUACAAGAAUAGACUACUACAAGUCUCAUCUUGAAUAUGUUCAAGCUGCCAUUGUCGAGGAUGAAGUUGAUGUCAAAGGUUUUUUUGCGUGGUCAUUUGCGGACAAUUAUGAAUGGAGUGAUGGGUAUACUUCGAGAUUUGGGUUAGUGUUCAUAGAUUAUGAUCAUCAUUUGAAGAGGUACCCGAAACGCUCCGCUUGCUGGUUUCAAAAGUUUCUCCACAAUUAA